AUGCCUCGUACUCCAGAAAGAAAAAUGACGCUAUCAGGUACAUGCACGUGGAUCGUGCUGUUUGCAUCGGUACUAGCGGGGACAAUUGACUCUACUAGCUCCAACGAGCAGGGGCUAAAGGAGGAAUCUGACAAUGACUUCGAGAAUGAAUGGUCUAUUGCUUCAAUUAGGGGAAUUGAACGGACACUUUACUUUGAGUUGGAGCAUCAGCUUGUUGAGGGAGCACCUUUUACACCGCGUGGUGUCGUGGAGAUCGUGACUGGCGCGUCAACACCCCCACAGCCCAAGGUCUCAUUUUCUGCGCUGCCAACGCUGAGCCUCGAAGACAUGGAGAAAUUCAAAAUGCUUUUAGAGCACGAAAAAUUAUACACAGUGCGCGCAAAGGCAGACCCAACAGACCCGGCUUCGCCUUAUGUCAUGACAUCUGUGCCACCGUGUAUGCUGGCAGCGAUGAAUCUACGCGAGGACUUCGCCUUUCAUCUUUCAGAUAGUGGCAAGCUGUUAUCGAUGGAGUAUCUAACGCCGUAUUUGGACGAAUAUAAAUGCGCUGGUUUUCAAACUCCUAGCUUUGAAGAUAUGCGCUUUGGCCCUUUCGGCACAGUUUUCAAGUCACAGGCUGGUUCAAUGCCUCCAGACAAUCUUGUUGUCAAGCGCGACCGUGCUCCACAAGGUGUUGAACUAGUAAAGACUGCAGACAACAAAGAAGAAGCCGAAGAGGAAAGUCAGUCAUUUCUUCGAAAAUACUGGUACAUCAUCCUGCCAAUUGUCGUUCUUAGUCUUUUUGGUGGUGAUGGAGGUUCCCCGGCUGCUGGCCCACCAGCAGCCCCGCACCGUUGA